AUGAUCUCGAAAGACUCCCCAAUCAUCAUCAUCGGAGCAGGUGUUUUCGGCCUUUCCAAUGCCCUGCAUUUGGCUCAGUCAGGAUACAAAAAUAUCACCGUUUUUGAUCGCUUGGACUUCAAUUCAAAUCAUUAUACACUUCUAGAGGGCGCAGACACCGCCUCCGCAGACAUUAAUAAGGUUUUCAGAGCUCAGUAUGCGGAGAAAAAGCAUUACCAGAACUUAGCGUUCGAGGCUUUUGAUAUCUGGCAAAAAUGGAAUAACGAGAUUGAAAACCUCCCCGAGGAAGAAGCCAAGAAUUACACCAGCCUGAAACUUCUGGAUCUCUGCGGAAUGCUCAGGCUUGAUGAUCAGCUUGGCUGGGAAGAGAAGGCCAGCAGAGAUAAUUUCAAAAAAGAAGGUAUUCUUCCUUUGAGAUACGAUAUCAACGACUCCACUGACAUCAAAAGAGCCAAAGCAGCAGGAUAUGGUCCAAAGAUGCAAUUCGCCCAAGAUUUGAAGUCUAAGUACAAGUCGUUGGCUGGUGCAUUGGAUUCUACUUCUGGAGUUCUGUAUGCAUCAAGAGCUUGUCAAUUUGCUAAAUACAAAUGUGCACAACUGGGUGUCAAGUUUGUUUUCGGUAAGAAAGCAGGUACUUUCAAGGAGUUUAUCUACAAGGAUGAAGCAAAGACUAUAGUUGUUGGAAUUGUGACUCAGGAUGAUGUUUCUCAUUUUGCAGAUUUGACGGUCGUCAGCUGUGGUCCAUGGUCAACUUUGAUUGUUCCAGAACUGGAUGGAAUGAACGAAGCUGCCUCGGGAAAUAUCAUUAUUUUUAAGAUUCCUGAAAACCGCAAAGACUUGAGAGCAAAGUACAACAGUAAAGUGUUUCCAAUGUUUGGUUGGAAGACCGGUCAUUCAAGAGAAAAAGAUUACAUGGGUGGGCUGUUCAUGUUCCCAGUCAUGGAGCCAGAAGGAUACAUGAAGAUGAUUGUGAGACAAACCAAGUACACAAAUCCGGUCAAAUUAGAAAAUGGUAGGGUUGUGUCUAUUCCAAAGACUUCGAAUAGUGAUCCACCUACCACCAUGCUUACCCGUCACAUUGUUCGUCAAGUUGAUGAAUGGCUGAAGAUCUUCUUCCCAGACUUGUACGAGGCCAAACUCGAGUAUCAAAGCCGAGUUCUAUGGUAUACUGAUACUAUUGACAACGACUACAUUUAUGACUUUGUCCCAAAUAAAAAGGGUUUGUUUGUUGCGUGCGGUGGAUCAGGACAUGCAUUCAAGAUGCUACCUGUUUUGGGACAGUUCUUGGUUGACAAGAUCGAAGGCCGUGAAAACUUCUAUACAAAAUUGUUCAAGUGGAGAUCUAUCUCUGGUAAAGAGAAAGAUCCGAAUGGACUCAGGGAGGGCAUCAAGACGAAGCGGAACUACAACCAGCAGGAACUUUCUACCGAAGAAGAUUUGAAAUUUGGAGCCAAAAGAGAUAGUCACUUGUGA